AUGAAUGACACAGGGAAUCGUCGAAUCAAUGAGGAACUAGAAUAUGACAAAGUAUCUUUAAAUAAAGAGCAUGAUAAAUCAUUCGAACUCUUAAAUGAUUGCCAAAAAAUAGCUUAUGAUGCAAUAAUAACAUCAGUUGUAAAUGAAGAAGGCCGUUUAUUUUUUAUAAAUGGACAUGGUGGUACCGGAAAGACAUUUCUAUGGAAUACAAUAAUUUCCAAGUUGAGAUCACAAUCAAAAAUAGUUCUUCCUGUUGCUACUUCUGGAAUAACAGCUUUGUUAUUACCAAAUGGUAGGACAGAACAUUCACGAUUUCAUAUUCCUUUGGACGUCAAUGCAGAAUCAACUUGUGAAAUAAGACAGGGCAGUCAGUUAGCUGAACUACUCCUAAUAACUUCUUUAAUCAUUUGGGAUGAACCACCAAUGGAAAAUAAAUUUUGUUUUGAAGCCUUAGACAGGACCUUGAGAGAUAUCCUUCGUGUGAAAUAUGAAAACAGCUCUGACAAACCAUUUGGAGGCCUAACAGUCGUAUUUGGUGGUGGUUUUCAUCAGAUUCUACCUGUAAUUCCAAAAGGGGCACGAGCUGAUAUUGUAGAUGCAUCGCUCAACUCUUCAUAUUUGUGGCCAUUUUCAACAAUUUAUGAGCUGAAACAAAAUAUGCAACUUUGUAGUGGAAGAGUAACUGAUUCUGACGCUGUUGAAAUUACUACUUUCGACAAAUGGUUGUUACAAAUUGGGGAUGGAUCCUUCUAUAAUGAAAUUGACAAUGAGCUUAUUAAAUUGCCUGUUGAUAUAUGUAUCACAUCAUCCAACGAUCCAGUUGGAUCAAUAGUCGAGGCAGUUUACCCAUCCCUCAUACAGAAGUACAACGAUCCAACAUAUUUACAAGAAAGAGCAAUAUUAACACCUAAAAAUGAAAUGGUGCAUGAGUUUAAUGAUACAAUUAUGAAAAUGAUACUAGGUGAAGGAAGAACAUAUUUUAGCUCGGACAAUGUCUGUAAAGCAAGUGUUAACACUAAUGAUGAAGAUCUAUUGCACCCAACAGAAUUUUUGAAUAGCUUAAGAUUUCCGGGAAUCCCUAAUCAUGACAUUCAGUUAAAAGUAGGCACACCAAUUAUGCUUCUCAGGAAUCGAAACCAAAGUGAAGGACUAUGCAAUGGAACAAGAUUGAUUGUCACACAUCUUGGUAACUGGUCUAUUAGCGCAAAUAUCAUUUCUGGAAAGAACAUUGGCUCAAAAGUAACAAUACUAAGAAUUAUUAUGUCUCCUAAUGAUUCAAAGUGA